CAGGUGGGAGCAACGGUGGAUCACGGCGUCCCUCUCACUUCGGCGAUCUGCAUGAAGGGCACCAGAUAGGGUCCGGUAAGAAUGAGGCGGAGCGAUCAUGAUGGCCACGUCGCGCGGCAGGGUCCACCGCCCUUCCGGGUGCUGGCCGUCCCCGACAACAUGUACCUGUCACCGCCGCCCCCGCGUGCGCCCGAGCCCUACAAGGUCGCCCCGACGUCGACGUCCUUCGGCAGGGCACAUCGUCGUUCCAGCUUCGUGAUACUUGCUGAGUCCAGGCCAGCGAGUCCAGAAACUGGCGAUGCGUCGUCCACUUUGCCGACAGGAAGGAUCUCGCCCUUUCGCGGACGUGGCUUCAAAGGGCCACCCCCUCGCUCAAUGUCGAGGCCGCAGUCGCCAGAAGUCGCCGGAGACGGACGUCGACGUAAAGCCGAGCGAAGGAUGUCGUUGUCGCAACAGAACAGUCCCAGAAGAAGUCUGAUACCGCAGCCGACUUAUCGUCAGCGGUCCACCUCCUUGACAAAGGACAGCGAGCGUUCGCCGUCACCGAAGAUUGGUCGCCGAGUCGAUUCGAGGAUGCGAUUAAAUGUCUCGGACUCACGAAAUCGAUUGAACGCGACCGAUUCAAAGUCGCGGCUGAACGACUCGAAGACGCGUUUGAACAAAUCCGACUCCCGGAGUCAUACGAAUCUGACCGAGACCAAGACUCGUUUCAUGUCCAAUUCCACUAGUAAUCUCAAUAAUAACUCGACAGCGACGCGCCGACAACCGACAAAAGGCUCGACGCGACUCUCGCCGAUCCAAGGCACUCCGACGAAACCGGAGAAGACGACCCCUCGAUCGAAUAUAAGAGGAAAGAACACCACGAAACAAUCUCCUACGAAGAUAUUGAGAAGAACAACGUCGCCGCAGAAGAACAACGCCGCUGCUCGAAAGGACAAUCAGAGUAGAAGUCCCAGCAAGGAACGCCUUCUUUCACCAUCAAAGAUUCCCCUGAAGACGAGCAAAGCAACAAACGGUUCGUCGAAUACCGGCAGGUUUAUCUCGAUGCCCGAGCAGAGCAUCGGAAAGACGGAAAGGUUUGCGAAAGAAAGCAAGAGCGACAAACAAGCAGGCCAAUCAGUUCAGAAUGGUCUUUCUGAACUGAGUUCGAAGGAAAAUGAAAUGAAUGGUAAUUCCUCGGCCAAUACGGACGAUGUGGAUCUUAUAGAUCUUUUGAAGCAGACUUCGCAGACUAUCGGCACGUCUAGUGAACGGUUGGUGAACACCACGACGACCACAGCGGUGCAACCACUGCACAUCGACGCGAACACACUUCUCGUGGAGCGUAAUGAUGGCUCAACGACGAAUCAGCAGAAGGAACGGUCCGACGGAACACUCAAGUCCUCUAUUUCUUCUGCAUCCAAAAGCGAGUCGCCGAUGCCUUCGAUACCGAAUGCAGCAUCGACGAGCCAGAAGUCCUCGCCGUUUGUCGACAAUCAGUCGGUCAAGACAACUCAUCCUGGAAUUAAUCCUGGAAACGAUAAGAAGGACUCUCCUGUCGGUGCGGAGGUUAGCACUGGAGGUCACUCAAAGAGCGGUAGCGUUAGUCAAUCUAUGAAGAGCGUUAGAAUGAAUGAUGAAUCGCGUACCAGUAAUCAGUCCUCUGCCAAUCAGCGUUCUGGCAGAAACAGUCAGAAUGCUCGCGGGCCCAGACCAAGUGACGGGAAGGCUCCGGAAGAAUUGAAAACUGCUUCGACGACGGAGAUCAAGAGUGGUUCUGCGGGUAGCAAGACAACCGCGAGUCGUGACGUUCCAACAAAUGAUAAGAUGCCCACGGUGAUGGAGAACGACUUGAAGGUCAAAGCGACCGAAGAGGCGAAGACAGUGAAUAACGCGACAGCAAUGAGCAACAGUACGAUGACGAACAACGUGGCAAAAAGUAACAAUGUGAAUCCCGCAGUCGGUGCAGUGAACGCAGGUGUGAACAGUGAUGCUGUGGUUCGAACAAGGAACGAGAAUCGCGGUAGCGACGCGUCCCUGAAAUCGUCCACUGGCGUGUCCACGGACUCGAUCGAGAGCGUAAGGUCGACGGACACGGGGGUGAGCGUGAACACGGUCAGAGGGGUGUCCUCGCCGAGGGAGAAAACGGGUGUGCACACGGUGAAGCGGCCGCAGGAGAUCGAGACUCUCAGCGGCAACAUCGUCCGCAUCGAGCAGAACGGAGAACCAGCUGUCUUGGCAUCCAGUAACAAAAAGCAAAACGAUAGUAAAAAAUUGUUGGCACGUUGGGGAACAUCCUUGAGUCAUUACUGCAAGUGCUGCUCCAGUAUGAGGUGUCUCGCUUGCCGCAGGGAUCCCAAGGGUCUCCUAUGGACCAGAAAUCAAGAGAGGACAACGGUGAUCAACGAUAUCUCGCCGCCUAUUGCAACCCCCGUGCUCGAUGCAUCGCCGCCUACAACAAACGCGUUGUCGUGCUGGUCGAAAUUAAAGGCGCGAUGCAGAUGCGUUCGUACGAAAGAUCGAGAAUCUUUGUCUUUGCGAGAGAGAUUACGAGAGCUCAAGUGUUGUACGAGAAAAUCGAGGAUCGCCCCUGCCGAGCCUACCGUUUGCUGUCCGCCCGAGAGAAGAUGCGGUGUGCUCUGCCGUCGCGCAUUUAGCUGUUGCAAAUGCAGCUGCAAACGCGCGGACACGCAACAACACGCAAGAAACACACGUGCCAAGCACAGUCUUACGAGCGUGGCGCCGCCACCUUUAUCGGAGGUACCGAAGGCUAAAAUACCGGAUGUUCUGGUAGAACAUAAUUCUGUUAUGCGAGGCGCUAUUCCUUGUCUGCCGGUUCCUCUCGCCUGGUUUUGCCUAGUGUGGAAUUUCCUACUACCCGGCACUGGAACCGUUUGGAGCGGCUUGUUCAAUCUAUGCACUGGACAGCCGAGAUUUUCCGCCGUUGCCGGAGUGAGAUCACGACUCGGUGCAUUGAUCGUGAAUCUCAUCGUGGGCGUGGGCCAAAUGUUUACCGUUCUAUUCUGUCUCGUCGGAUGGGGCUGGAGCAUUUGGUGGGGCGUCACCAUGGUCCGCUUAGCUAGGAAAUACAAGCGGGUCAAAAUUUCGGAGGCCACUAACAGUGAUCCUGAGAGAGGGGGUGAGCCAGCUGCCCAACCUCCUGGCAUGCCGAGUCAAGCUCUGCGAGGGAUGGAGAGAGCACGAUGAUGCAUUUUUAAUAAAGAGGAGAGCGCGACCGUCCUCCGAUUAUCUAAAAAUAUUUUGUAUCUCAUCCGUCAAGUCUUCGCGUUUCGCUUAAUCGUUCCGAAUUGAAGAUUAUCGAAUAAAACUAUUGCUAACGCGAAUAUAAGCAUCUUGUACAAACGGUUAUAUAUAUUUGUGAAGACGAUAUAUACAUAUUUGUGAAGACAAUUAGUCGAUAAAAACUUCCCUCGGUUACGAUGGAGAGAGUGGAGAUUAAUUAAGAAACUUGCGACAACAAUAUGCUAAACCGUACGAAAAGUUCGACAUUGAAAAAGGUUGUAAAUUAUUAAAACGGUACCUUUGUCUCGUGCCUUUUUCCUUCCAUUAUAUUUAUUCCUCGUUAUUCUUAAAAGGAAAGAGAACCUUUUUAUCGGAGCUAAUAUAAUGAAAUCUGUAAGUAUAAGCCAGGAGGAAUCUUGCACCGCACAAAAACUUUUCUCUGGCGCGGCUUAGCAUGUUAUUGCAUCAAAAUCUUCAAUUCAAUGAGAAAUUUCUCGUAAGGAAGUAUCGCCGAGAUUCUCAUGCAGGAUGCUAGUAAAGUCUCUACUCUAUUUUUCCGAAGUUAGUGUUAUGGCGCUUAUACAUUAUAUUGUAUCUUUUUAAAAUUUUAAUAAGGCAUUAUAUGUCGUGUUUUAUUUGUACGCU